UGAGGUUUGAUUCGAUAUCGGAACUAUCGGAAAACUUGUAUUUCAGUUUCGAGGAAGGCUUUGUGUGUGGUUUAAUUUUGUGAAUGUGUUGGAAAAAAAUAGUAAUUCUUCAACAAUGUCUUCCAAAUUGUGUUAAAUGUAAUGUGUGCGAUAGAUUAAUUUUUAAUAAACUAGUCGAGAAUGCUAUUCUUCGCGUUCGCCUAAUUAUAGUGUAGUUGCUUCGUUCGUCGCGAGUACGAUGUGUAUUCAGUAAAAGUGUUACUUAUUUUUAGAAUGUUUUAAAAUAUUGCAUUAAAUUGGUGUAUCCACAACAAUGGCUGGGCAAACGAUAAGUGAUCGAUUAUUAGCUGCAAAGCACAGCAUCGCCGGUCAAGGCUUGGCGAAAUCGGUCUGCAAAGCUACUACUGAAGAACUAUUAGGCCCUAAAAAGAAACAUUUAGAUUAUUUAAUUCAUUGUACAAACGAACCAAACGUAUCUAUACCACAAUUAGCAAAUUUAUUAAUAGAAAGAUCACAAAAUACGAAUUGGGUGGUCGUAUUUAAAGCACUGAUUACUGUUCAUCAUUUGAUGUGCUAUGGUAAUGAAAGAUUUACUCAGUAUUUAGCCUCCAGUAAUAGUACAUUUCAACUAAGCAACUUUUUAGAUAAAAGCGGAGUCCAAGCUGCUGGAGCUCGACUGGGAUAUGACAUGUCACCAUUCAUCAGGCGGUACGCGCGUUAUUUAAAUGAAAAAGCGUUAUCAUACAGAACGGUAGCGUUCGAUUUUUGCAAAGUUAAACGCGGAAAGGAAGAUGGCGUUUUAAGAACCAUGAACUCGGAUAAAUUAUUGAAAACUUUACCAGUACUGCAGAGUCAACUGGACGCGUUAUUGGAAUUCGAUUGUACUGCGGCUGAUUUAGCAAACGCCGUCAUUAGCAUGGCUUUUAUGUUAUUAUUUAGGGACCUUAUCAGAUUGUUCGCCGGUUAUAACGAUAGUAUUAUCAAUUUAUUAGAAAAAUAUUUCGAAAUGAAUAAGAAGCAGUGUCGCGAAGCUCUUGAUCUCUAUAAAAAAUUCCUAAUUCGAAUGGAUCGAGUUGGAGAAUUUUUAAAAGUCGCCGAAAACGUCGGUAUCGAUAAAGGCGAAAUUCCGGAUUUGACGAAAGCACCUAGUAGUCUACUGGAUGCUUUAGAACAGCAUUUAGCUGCAUUGGAGGGUAAAAAAUCGGUGGUCAAUACGCCGACGCAAGCAGCAACGCAACAAAGAACCGACGUAAGGAGCGGGGUAAGCGCAUUAUCUUCGACUAGUUCGUCGUUUGGUACUGCAGCGCAGCAGUCUGAAAUUGUAGAUGAAAAUACCGCCAGGCAAGCCUUGGCUGAAGAAGAAGCUAUCUUAAAUCAAUAUAAACAGGCAAAAGUUCAAAGUCCAGUAUCCAGUAUUCCGAACGCAAAUUCAAAUGCUAACACUGCUACGACAAAUCCAUUCCUUAGUUCACCAACGCAACCGAUUGUCGAUUUGUUUUCAGCGCCUGUGGCGCCUGCCGCUUCAAAAAAUACUAAUCAGACGAAAGCUUCAGAUGAUUUACUUCAGCUGGGGAAUCCAUUCGCCGAUAUGUUCGCUCAGCCUGCGGCACCAGUUCCAUCUGCGACGGCAUUUAAUAAUAACGUUUCUAAUAAUAAUAUAUGGAUGACCAAUGGUUUUUCUAAUAAUAAACCUUCAUUGACGAAUGCGUUCGUCGAUGAUCGUUCAUUUACUUCAGUAUUUGGUGACACAAACACUACAUCUUCUUCGACCACAACGACUGCUGCUUCUGACGGAUCAAUUCCUUCUUCUGGUAGUGCUGUCCAAUUUAUUGGCGAUAGGGAGGACGCUGGUGAUCUGAGUGGCUUAUCGGGCGAGAGCGAGGAAGCGAGAAAUUUACGAGCUGGUAUGGCGCCACCGCCACCCAGACCGCCUCCUCCGGCAGCCGGGCAACCUGUUGCCGGAACCAAGACGGCUCUGGAUGACUUGAAUGAUAGUAUCAGAGUAGCUAUGGGAUCACCGUCGCGUCCUCCACCUCCCGCUUCCCAACAACCUAUACCCGUUAUCCCAGGUGGCGCACCUGUUGCGCAACCUAUCAUGCAGGGUUAUCCUCCGUUACAACAACAGUUGUAUGGGUCUCCUGUUAAAUUCCCCCCUGGUCCACCGGGGUCGGUGGUCGCGUGUCCGACCAGCACAGGAACUAGUAAAGUGAUAACUGGUGAUCUUGAAAGUAGUAUAGCCAGCUUGGCGGAAAAUCUUACCAUUAAUAAAGCUAAUACGCAAACUAAACCUAUUCAAUGGAAUUCGCCAGCAAAAGGUGGUAAUAAUCCGUCGUCGUGGACACCUCAACCGAUGGCGGCCACAACUGGAGUUAAUUAUAGACCUAUGGUGCAAGGAAUACCUCCCACAAAUCCUGCGACUACAUUCCCAGCUGCUUAUUCGAUGGGUAUGCAAAAUAUGCCUGCGGCUAGAAUGGCAGCGCCCCCGUACAAUAAUGUUGCAAUGAUGAAUCAACCACAGCAGCCUAUAGUUCCUCCACAAGCGCAACAGGCGACCACUCUAGAUCCUUUUGGAGCGCUUUAAUAUUUAUUAUGUGAAGGAAGAAUUUCAGUGGUGUGCUACUGACAGAAAGUAAGAAGACGGGAUAGUUAUUUAAGAUAUUACGAAUGGUGUGAUUCGAUUCGUGUGCCAUUACACUAUUAGUAUAUUGAUAGUUAAUGGAAGCGUCGUCGGAUUAUUAAUUUCUCUAUAAAAGCUUUAUUGCUUUCUUCCGCGAUAUAUUACUAUACAAGCAAUGAAUUAUUUAUUCCUGCGUGUGAUGUAGAAUACUUAUUUAUUUAGUACAUAUUAAAAUUAUGUAUUAUGACAAAUUUUAUCGCGUGUUUUUUUUUUUUUUUUUUUCGUUAGACAGAUAUUUGAUUAUUUAAAAAUGUUGUAUCAUAGCAUUAUCAAUGUUAAAUAUUUUAUUUAGAUAUUACGAGAAUACUAUUUAAAUACCCAUGAAAAUUAUCGUAUCACAUUUUGAUUCGUGCAAUGUGAAAUACCUACAUUAUAAUAAUUGUCUAGUACGUACCUCAUGCGUUUUAUUUUGUAUACCUCUCUACUGUGUUGGAAAUCGCAUUCUAUUUAUUGUUCGAUGCAACGUUAUGAUCACUUUUUUUUUGUAAAUUUUCAUUUAUUAAAGAGUAGCAUAAUAAAAAUAUAGUGAAAUGAG